UGUCAGUUACCUUAAACCCGUUGUAUUUGAUUCUCCUACCAUGCGAAGUAAACUGGAAUAAUUCAUUCUGCGUUUAUUAAAUCCAACUAGAAAGUCAACUUCCGGCUUGCUGCCACACCAAAUAAGCUGAUGUUGUACAUUCUUAAAUCAGAGUUUUUUGAAACGGUUAAUGCUACAAAGUCAACGAGUUGACGGCCUUCUGCCUGCCUGAAAGAUGGACGCCACAUGCACCGUGGAAAGGUGGGAGGCGUGCGCGCUGCAAGCGGGUGAAAGGUUGGAGGUUGCGGCUGAUCAGCUGAUUUCAAGAGGUGGGAGUUGCUGCAAACAAUGUAACAGACUGGGUGCUUGCAGAAACACCGAGCACUGGCUGACUGAAGUCUGCACCGUCUGCAUUAGCCGGGUCCAUCCUCGCCGGUCCUUCCACAAACCUCCCCGGGGCUCUCAGCCUUCAGCCAUUCUACUUGGAUCCCCCUCAUCGCCUCCCCCCAAGCUAGAAGGUGACUCUCGGCGUCUUGUUUUCCCCAGUAAUGCGAAGGAGGGCAGAUUCCCUGACAGUAGAACAUGACAGGACCGUUACGACUCUGCAGAAGGACCCCACACUAUCUGCUUCGAGACUGAAGCACAGCCACAAGGCAGCGAGCAGCAGAAAGGAGAACGACCUCGACACAGACACCAAGACAGAAAUGAGAAUUGGCAGUCGGAGACGUUCUCGGCUGUUGAACAGAAUCAAGAGAGUAGCUUUGUGGAUCUUAGCAGUAUAUAUUUGCAUUCCUUUUGUAAUAAAGCUAUGCCCAGCCAUUCAAGCUAAGCUAGUCUUCUUAAAUUUUGUGCGGGUACCGUACUUCAUUGAUUUGAAAAUCCCACAAGACCAAGGGUUGAACCACACGUGGAAUUUUUAUCUUCAGCCUGAGGAGACAAUUACUAUUGGUGCUUGGCACACGGUACCUGCUAUUCUGUGGAAGGAAGCUCAGGGUAAAGGCCAGUUGUGGUAUGAAGAAACCUUGUCAUCAGGUUUUCCUAUCAUUCUUUACUUCCAUGGCAAUGCAGGCACCAGAGGUGGGGAUCACCGGGUGCAGCUAUACAAGGUCCUCAGCUCACUAGGCUACCAUGUGGUUGCAUUGGAUUAUAGGGGAUGGGGAGACUCUGAAGGAGCCCCUUCCGAGAGGGGGAUGACCACAGAUGCAAUCUACAUCUACAGUUGGCUGAAAGAGAGGUGUGGGAAGAACUCCAUCUACAUCUGGGGCCACUCGCUGGGCACGGGUGUUGCCACCAAUGUUGUACGGCAGCUGUGCGAAAAAGAUACCCCUCCAGGUGCCUUAAUUCUGGAAUCUCCUUUCACUAAUAUUCGGGAGGAAGCCAAAAGCCACCCUUUUUCACUGAUCUACAGGUAUCUCCCCGGAUUUGACUGGUUCUUCCUUGAUCCGAUCACUGAGAGUGGCAUUAUAUUUCCCAACGAUGAAAAUGUGCAACACAUCACCUGCCCGUUGCUGAUUCUCCACGCAGAAGACGAUGCUGUCAUCCCCUUCCACCUUGGCAGAAAGCUUUAUGACAUUGUUGCAUCUUCUCGGAGUUCCAGGAAGGUGCGGUUUAUCCCCUUCCACAAAGACCUUGGCUACCGGCACAAGUAUAUAUACAAGAGCCCUGAACUCUCGCAGAUAUUGAGAGAGUUCUUAGGUGACCCAAUCUCUCACCAUUAAUGAAGAGGUAUAUCUUCAGAGCUGCAUGAAGACUUCACUCCAUGUUAAUGUUGAUUUACAUUCCACUAACCAGUUUUGUUUGAAGACAAAGUGAAAAUCAUGGUCUUAGGGAAUUAUUUUUGGCACAGAGAAAGCUCGGAGAAGCAAAAGAGUAAAGUGAAGGACAUUAAUUAUUACUGAGUUUUGUUUUUCUGAAGAAUUGAAGGAACUUAUUUUCUUGACCACAAUGAUGGAAUUCAUAAAGAUUACGUUUUCUAAAGUGCAAAAAUAAGUUAAGGAUGAUCAGGGUAAUUUCAAAUUAUGAUUCUCAAUCAACGUGCUCCAUUUGUUGCUUCCAAAUUGUGGUUGAUCUAACAACUUUUACUUUUGAGAGUGUUAACAUAUUAAUGUAUUUCCCAAUGAUGUUGUAUCAAUCGAUGGACGUUCCUUCAUGGUUCUUUAGUGUUGUGAGAAAGGUUUUUUUUUGAUGAAAUGUCAUCAUAUGAUGCUAACAACUUUUCAGAAUCUUGAUUUGGAAGUUUGUACCUUUAGGCUAAAUUCAGGUGAGCGUGUCUCAGUCCACUAUCUAGAUGUAUUGAAUUAAGUCAUUGUCUACAAAUUAAAUGUAAUGGUGUGACAUAAUCUAUCCUGUGAGCAACCCCUCCCCAGUCUCUGGCAAUUCUGUUGCACAGAGUGGGACGUUACAGCAACCUGGGGUGAGAUGUGGGGAGCUCGAUCCAUUGCUGGUUUGUUGACUGUCCACACCUGACCUUGAGAACGGCAAUGCUUUUAUUCGGUGAAGACCAAGCUGUCCGGGACCUCCUGGUUGUGAGUGCAGAAUCCUUCCAAUGUUUCCUUCAGGUAACUAUUCCGAAUUAAUUAAAACAUUCACACCCAUUUGUGGAUUCUACAAAACUGUCCGCUGUCCAAAUGAAUUGUUUUUGCGAAAAUUCCCAGUGUCGCCGCAAUGGAUCUUGCUGUGAUCUACAGAACAAAUCGAAGCGAUUACAGAUAACUUAUCCAGUGUAUUAUUUGUAUUGUGGACUAUUAUCACAGUGUUUCUGAUGCACUUCUCAUUCCCUGAACAACUCUGUAAUUACCUGUAUGAGAUGUGUUGACUAACUGGGUGACUUCCAGAGAGCAAUGUAACAUUCCUUUAAUCUUAAAUUCAGUUUAUGUAUUUCAAUUUAGGACAGAAUAUGUACGAAACAAAAUGUAUCCACCAGUGUAAAUAGUAGUGCAGGCUUCAUUGUUGAAAAGAAUUCCAAUUAAUCCACUUCACUAUUACAAUGAAGAUUUAAAUUUAAAUAUCAAUUAGAAAAAGCUUAGUUUACACUCCGUAAAGGAACAGAUCCCUUGUAUGGAGCAUAGAAUUUAUUUAUUUAAGCAUUUACAUAUUUGUCUAAUACACUUGACUCAAUAAAGUUACAACUUUCAAAUGCUGGAAAGGAGAAAUAAAAAUAUAAACCGGU